AUGGAACCUCCGUUUUUGAUUCUUUGUGUGUGUUCUAUUCUGUUCUUUCGAUGUGUAGCCUAUAAGGACAAAGACAAUAGUUCUGAAGAAGACAAUGGGUUUUACAAAUUUUUGUCGGACUCUUUCCAGAAAGAUGAAGAAAUUCGCCGUGCCCCUGAAGUUUUACCAAAAGAACGGAACAAACCUCCAAAAGAACAUGAACCCGUGAAACUUGCGGAUAUAGUUCAGUUGCCAGGAGGUUACAAUCCACUUCCCGGCAGGACGUCUUUUGGAGACUACUGGCCUCUUAUGCCUAUGUCAAACCAAUAUCAUGCUGCGGUGACCUAUGAUACGUCAAAAGGAAGACACGUCGGCGGUGACAUCCUUGUUCCUGUUCCUUAUUGGAAUAACUUUCUGAACAUUGGAGGACAUUACAUCGAACGUUUCCAGGAAGAAUGGGUAAAAGUGGGAUAUGUGAACAGUCCAGUCAACAUGCUUGGUUUAACAAAGGAACAAAUCACUCGACUACUGUCAGACCCAUCAUUGAACUAUAAUAGACAAAUUCAUCCGAAGCUGCCAGUUGGUGCAUUACCAAGAGAGUAUGAACCAAUUUCUUGCAAGCCACCACUCUGUAAUCCAUAUCAAGGAACUCUUGGAGUAGGAGUUGAAGCAAAUUACCACAUAGAAGACGGAGUGGAAGGAGAACUUGAUUUACCUAUUCCACUUGGGAAAGAUAUUGCCUAUCGAUUCCCAUUAUCUGGAAAUAUACAUUAUGAUCACGACGACACUUCUGUUAACUAUGGUCAGAAUCUGAGUCCUUUGGAUCCGUUAGCACCAGGGUUCCCGGAUGAGAAGAAACCUAACAAGAACACUUUUAAAUUUCACACUUCUCAAUGA